GAUACCUUUUACGGCCACUGUGUGUCACUGUUUUCACCCACACUAGAAAUGUGUUUCAUAACAAAACGUCACAUCCUCUGACCGCUGCUAAAGCGUCUGAGCAGCCAGAGGACUUUGUCUCAAUGUUGCGGUUGAUUGCAACAUCCUUGUGCCUCCGAUGUCAACAUGUCCCACUUUUACUUUCAAACCUCAGGGCAUGUUCAACACUCGACUCUGUGGAAAACCAACAGACUGUGAAAGCUCUUUACGAGCUCUCUGUGGACAUCCAGAAAGUUCGGAAACUCAAAGGAUGGGUGCUACAUCAAAGUCCAGCAUACACUAAGGAGGUAGCCAGCCUGCUGAGAGACAUGGGGGCCUCGGCCCCCAUCAUCGCUCACAUCUUGGCUGUUCACCCUGAGGCCGUCCUCUGUAAUCCGGAGCAACUGCAGGCCCAGCAGGAGCUGUGGAUGUCUGUCUGUCCGAACCACAGAGAACUGAUUGGUAUCAUUGAGAAAUUCCCAGCCUCCUUCUUCUCCGCUUCCAGUCACCUAGAAAACCAGCAGAAGAACAUUGCUUACUUCCAGAGUCUGAACCUUAACAAGAGGAUCAUUACCAAACUCAUGGCCAGUGCUCCGCAGAGCUUCAGCAGGCCUGUUGAGCAGAACCAGCUGAUGGUCUGCACCCUCCAACAGGCCUACACAGAACUCGGCGGCGACGAAGCCAACAUGAGAAUAUGGCUGCAGAAGCUGCUGAGCCAGAACCCGUUUGUUCUGCUAAAGCCACCGGAGGUGCUGAGGCAGAAUCUGCUGUUCCUCAAAGACAGAGGGUUCACCACCAGCGAACUCCUCCGUCUCCUCUCCAAACUGCGGGGCUUCGUCACCGAGCUGAAUCCGGACAGCAUGUGUCGGACCCUGGCUUUCUCCCAGGAAACCAUCGGCUGCUCUGAUGCAGAGCUCAGGGAGAUCAUCCUCAAGUGUCCGGCUCUGCUUUACCAUCCAGAAUCCACUCUGGCUGAGCGCUUUGAGGGCCUCCUCAGCGCUGGGAUCAGUAUGUCUCAAAUCAUACAGACUCCAACCGUCCUGGAGCUAACCACGCAGAUCGUAAAUUACCGUAUCCACCACCUGAAGAGUCGCGGCUACGACGUUAGCACAGGUAGUCUAGACGUGAUAAACGGUACCAAGAAAGACUUUGAGAUGAACUUUGGGAAACUGCAGCUGCGUAGAGAGAGACCACUUUUUAACCCUGUUGCCCCUUUAAAAGGAGACGACUGAGCAGAUGUCGGAUUCACGAAAGCAUGAAUCGAAAAUAAUUUGUUGUAGUAUAUGGCCUUGAUGAGUGCUUUUUCAUUUGUGCCUGUAUCAUAAUACAGUGUCUUAAAUCUGAUGAUGUUCUUCAUUUGCAGUUGGUUUUUCAUGGUGGCAAUCCAAAGUGCAUCAGCCUUAAAAUUAUAAAUGAAAUAGUAACCUGUUGUGAAUUUUCAAGUCUAAGAUUGAACCUGUGUAAAGAGUGAGACUUCCGUUUUAUUCACAGUCACCUAAAGGUACAACUUAAUUGCUUUCAACCUGCUGCCAAAGCUCCAAUAUUAAUGCAAAGUGAAAUAAAUCCAAUAAAAACAUCCUCAGUAGG